UAAGCCCCGUUUGCAAUCGAUUCGUCUACGAGGACGAGAAUGGAUACGCCGGAACACGUGUGCGGGAUGGCACGAGAUUUCCGUAUCGUUAGAUAGAUUUUACAUCUCUUUUGAUAUAUUGUUUUCCUCAAUGAAGAUAAACACCCGCGCGGUGGGAGAGAUGGUCGAGCCAGAACCGCAAGGGGUUAAAAACCCCAACAAGCAGAUAGGGCGAAAGGCUCGCUCGAAGAAAAUGCGUGUUUACAAUUUGGUGGAUUAUGCCAAUGGUCCGCCGAGUAUUUCCUCAAUAGACCAGCCAGCUGGUCCUUCCGGAGACAGAACAGCCGGACGUAAGAGGAAACGCUCCAGAAAUAAGAAAACCGUUGAUAAAAUAUCCUCCGACAAUCGAGCAUUGUUCAGCAAGAUUGACCAGGGUACAUACAUGCGCGACGGAGCUGUCAAGUUUGUAAAUUCCAAAUACAAUACCCAUGCACAGACGUCCAAGUACCCACUGAUUUCAUUUGUGUCACCGUGUGCAGCUAAAAAUGGUGAAAGCGACGAUGCCGGUGAAAACAGAUUGGGAGACACAAGUGUCGGCGAUAUGAGCAAUCCCGUUACGAAUCCUGCGUGCGAACAACUCGAGCACACAGGGGACAAGUUUGAACGCAAACGUAGGACGAGAUUAAAGGAAGCGACUUCCAACGAGACCUUCGAGUUAAAUGAAUUGUUCAGCAAGGCUGACCUGAAUGCGCGCAAGCCUGAUACAGUUGUCAAAGUUGUCAAUUCUGAAUACAACGCCCACGCACAGAAAUCUAAGUAUCCAAUCGUCUCACUUGUGCCAGUGGAUGCAGCCACAAGCGUCAGUAUACGCAGUCCUAGUACAAGUCCUAUCUGCAAAAAACUGCAAGGUUCAAGUCCUCAAUCAGCAGUUCAUAGCGACACAGAAGUAAGCGGCAGUCUUAGGCGCAAAAAUGUUAGCUCGUGUCGACGUACGUGCGACCGGAAGCCGCCUCAGGUUUACUGCAUAAGAAAUCUAGUCGUCGUCAUAAUGGAAAACGACUCUAGACUCUGCUUCUACGGCAAGCUGUUGGUAAAGGUUUUGUACGGCGCAGUGAAGAUUCACGGCUCCACACUGGACCGGUCGAUCGGCACCGCAGAGGUGUACUCUCCGCGCGGAUACAGUAACAUCGUCAUAGAGACCAGCGAGGAAUUCCCGGAGGGUAGCGUCGAGGACGUGUGGAUGGCGCUCGCCGCGGAGAACAUCACUCGGGACUCGGAGAGCAAGCUGCAGAUCGACGUCGACAACGUCCAGCCGGGAAUGGCCGUCCUCGAGCUGCGCAACUUGGAGAACAAUCUAACGCUCUUCUUGAAAACCUACUUCCCGCACUUGAAACUGUUUCCGAGCGUGAAGAAUCCUCACUAUUUCCCGUGGACGGAUCCCAAGCGGGCCGAGAUAAUACUGCAGGCGACUCUGUGUGUCAGACCGGGCGACAAGACACCCAACUUCCGACAAUUGGCCACCGAACCCUGCGUCACUGUAGACAUCGCGGAGAGGAUGCUGAGUCUCUGGUACGCGAACACGUGGUCCUGCACGCUGAUCGCCGGCGGUAAAGACGUCGGCAAGUCCACCAACGUGCGGUAUCUGAUCAACAGCCUGUUGCGCACGUCGAAGAAGGUGGUCCUGGUGGACGUGGAUCCUGGACAGGCGGAGUGCACGCCGCCCGGCUGCAUCUCGUACAGCUUGAUCGAGGAGCCGUUGUUGGGGCCGAACUUCACGCAUCUUAAGACGCCGGUGUAUCAGCUGUUCCUCGACGACGUGGACGUCAGCCGGUGCCUCACGCGCUACUUGGAGGGCAUCAAGAUGCUGAUCGACAGACUGAGGGAGUGCCCCGUCCUGUCCCGCUUGCCCAUCGUGGUGAACACGAUGGGAUUCGCACAGAAACUCGGUUGGAACAUCAUGAUGUUCACGAUAAAGCUAAUCAGGCCGUCCAUCAUCCUGCAGAUCUUGUCGAGGUACAAGAAGAACAAUUACAUCAACUAUCUAAGUGCGGAAGUUGUAAACCAACAGGAGUACACGUGGACCUUCUGCGACGAGAAAUUCAUCGAUUGGAACAGGCCGUGCGAGCACGACUUGUGCGUGAUCAAUUCCCGGGCGGAGGUCGCGUUCGGCCAGGCGCAGAUCGACAGGAUGAAACUAGAACCGUAUCAGCAGCGCGAGCUCAUGAUGAUGUCUUACCUCAGCGGUAUCGUGCGUGAAAGAAAUUAUUCCCUCCAGUGCAACACGGGACUUUCAGUCAGUAUCAACGAGGUGGUGCCGUACACGGCGCCCUUUUCUUCCUUAUGUAUUAUACCCCAACGAUUAUUCGGGGUACCUGCGUCACGUGCUUUAAGCGUGAUAAAUGGUAAUAUCGUGGCGCUAUGCGGUAUAGACCUAACAGAGGAAUCCUCGCAAGAAUCCAGUCCGAGUACUCUCCGAGUACUGACGCAAAGGUCUCCUUUAUGCACGUGCUACGGCUUCGGAAUAGUCCGAGGUGUCGACAUGGAGCGACAGGAAGUGUUCAUAAACACUCCGUUACCGAUAUCGAUGAUGCCUUACGUUAACUGCCUGGCGGGUUCUAUUCCGGUCCCUCCGACAUUGUUGCAGUUGCAGCAAGGCGCUCCUUACGUCGGUGAAAACGCGGACGACUCGUUGCCAACGAGUCGCGAACCCCGCAAAGGACACUCCCGGAUGAGGGAUAAAAAUAAGCCGAGUAAAUCAGUAUAAAUGAUAUGAAUGUAUACAAUUGUAAAACUUGACACAAUACCUCAUAAGCGUCUAUUUCCUGAUAAAUGGAACGAAAGCAUUUCACAAAUGUACUGUACCUGCAGAUGUAAUAUUUUAUGUUACGUGCAUUAAUUACGGUUCAACAACUUGUAACACGAAUCGAUGAGGUGUCCUAUGUAUAAAGAGCAUUACAUACAUAAAGAA